UUACUAAUGUUUUUGAUUUCUUAAUGUUGCAGUAAAAUGCAAGGCCAAAAUGAAGAAAAAUUAGAAGGAGGAGUUACUAAUAUACAAGAAGAAGAAAUUACUUAUGUAAGAAAAAGGAAAGUUGAAAACGUUGAAGCGGAAGUAAUUGAUAGAUCGGAAUUUGAGAAGCAUAUUGAAAGUAAAAGUGUUGCUAUAAGACAUAGAAAACUUCCAACAAGGCUUCAACCACCUCGAAAAUUGCAAAAAAAGGAAGGAAGAGAAAAAGAUCAAGAAGAAGGAAAAGAUCAAAAAGAAGAAGAGGGUAAUAAUGUUGAGGAUGAUGACGAGAAUAAUGAUAGUGAAGAUGAUGGUGAGGAUGAUAAUAAGGGUGAUGUAAAGAUGAAAGAGAAAGAUGAAAAAGAGGAGAUGGAAGAUGAUAGAUAGUGAGGAGGAACAAAAAAUCAAUAAAAAAAAUCAAACUCAGAAGAAGAAAAGAAAGAUUGAAAAAGAAGAAGAUGGUGAGGAUGUCCAAGUAGUAGAAGCUAAUGAGCAAGAUAAACUAGUUAAGAGCAACCUUAUCAAAGAGUACCUCCUACUCAAUUCAUGAAGGAUGUGUUGAUAAAUCUUUCGGAAAAACAAAAGCAAGCUAUUCGGAACAUUGGUUUUGGAGGCUUUUUGGAAUUGGAUUUACCAAUCCAUAUUAACUCUAUGUAGUA